AUGGAGAAUAGUCGUCAUUCUUCAAUGAGAAAAAGUAUUGAUAUUCCAAGGGCAAGUAUGAUCUCUUCGGAGAGUGAAAUCGGCGAAGAAAAUACGCCGCCAUACACAAAACCAAGCCGAAAAAAUACAGCUCUUCUUGAAGUAGUCUCGAAGCCACAUUUAAGCGAGCAAGAUCUACUCUGCGACAACUUGUUGCUAGCAGAGGAUGAGACAAGAACUGAAAACUGUUUAGAGCUGCCCCAAGUUCAAAAAAGUAAAUCUUUAGUGCCAUUCUCCGAGUCGCACCUCGAAAAAGAUGGAAGGAAAAGCCCGGGCGUUUCCGAAAGACCGUUCAAAAUUUCGAAGCUUUUACAAGAUCGCAUCCGUGUUCUGGAAAAUGAGGUGCAGAAACACUUAACUGAAGUAAACGAAGUGAUUCAGCAAUCAGAAACGGAGCGCACAAGGGAAAGAGCGGUGUCAUUCAGUAGCAGUAACUUGGGAAGCAUUAAAAGUUUUCAGUCCGGAAAAGGUGGAAGAAAGAGCGCUAAUGGUGCCGGAUUGUCAACUCGCAGGUUGAGUUUACAGAAAGAUCAAGAGACUGAAAUGAAGCCUCGUCACCCGGGCAAUAGACUUCCAAAAAUAAGAAGUAAAUCACUAACGAGUGGUGACACUUCAAGCAAUUUUACUGGAAAGAAAUUUCGACCACGUCGCAAAAUAAUAGGAGCAGUUAACAACAGUAACCAGGAGCAUAGGGGAAUAGUAAAUAUGGCCUUCAUCGAAAAGAUAGACGACAAACAAGAGGCGGACGAGAUAAAGACAGAAACGAAAGUCAUUUCUAUGCUGGAAAUGACAGAAGAGGUUGCCAGGAACCCCCAGAGUGAAAAAGUGUCACCUACGCCAGAGCGAAGUAUACUUAAAGAAGGUAAAACUAGCGCCUCAAAGCAGAACAAACUUAUAAAAACUGUGAACAAAACUAUACAACAACUGUACAAACUCAACAAAGACAAGGAGGCAGAGAACCUUAGCGACCUUUUGGAGUCCAAAUUGAUGGCAGAAAAAGAGCUGAAGAAGGCGAUAAAGAAAGAGCAACAAGAGGAAAAGGAGGAACGAAUUAGAUUGGAAACGAAGACCUUGGAGAAGAGUAGAAGAGAAGCAUUCUUUCUUAGAAUGGAGGAACUUGGAAGAAUGGAAGAAGAAAUGAGAGAAACGAGAAUGCGUGAACGAGAAAGGAGGAGGGCAGAGGCUCGUGAGCGAAGACAAAAAAAUAUCGCACUUUGGGAUGAAAGACAAAAGUUCACUUUAUCCGCUAAAAUAUCGCGGGCAUUUAAGUUUUCGUACUUUCCUCUACUCAUUCGCGACUCCAGGUCCUCUACUGAUGAAGAUGACGAAGACGACGAGCAGUCAAGCAGCGAGGACAGCGGUAGUAGCACUUCAGGCACCAGCGAUAGCUUAAGUGGUUCCCGCCAAAGUUCAACAAAUACACGCGCGUCACCCACCCACGACAGGAAACGGAGCCAAGUCAUAGGGUGUGAACAUUCCAGAAGGAUUCGGAAGUAA